GAGAAAGCCAGGCUAAGAAAGUUACUGAAAAUGGCUCACAUGUGAAGAGGAGGGCAGCUCCACAGCCCGCGGACUGGAUCGCUUCAGUUGUGCUACUCUUCAGCUCUUCUGUAUUAUUAUUUUUCUGUACCUGCGCCUUUUCCCUCAGACUGAAAACUAGCCCAAAGUGCGUGGAGAAGGACGAGCUGUCACAGAGCUCCGAGCGCGCAGGUCCAGUUUGGCAGCCUUAUCUGACUGUGGGCUUUUAAAUCAACUCCUGAAUAUGGGUGAAAUCCGUAACAGACAGCAGAGGCGCCUGUAACUCAGCACUGCAGAAAGCUGCAUCCUCAUUCAUGCAUUACGGGACUCGAUGUCGUUCCUGACGUUUUACUGGGAAGGAGAUGACUGUUUUCCACCAAGCAGCAAUGGUCAGUGAAUUUGGCGGAUUCCUGCAUCCCGUCAGUCAGGCACGCUGGGAUUAUCAGAGUCCAGAGGUAAGCUCACGGCCUGUUGAACACCAUUAGCACUUGUCACAUCAGUCCAGCCAAGGUCGUUGCUCCUGCCCUCUUCCCUGGACCUCCCACCCAGCUUUAAACAGCAGAAAGUCACUUCCUUUUUGACACCGUACAAUGGAAAGCCUAAGUGAGCUGCAGAAUCCUCUCUUGGACAAGAACAGCAAACAUGUAGUCAAGGCAGACUACGGCUACAGGAGUGAUUUCCCCAGUAACCAGUACCAGGAGAACAUCAUCAACUACUUUGUGACGAGUGGUGGAGGUGGGAGUGUGGGAGGGGUUGGGGGAGGCGGAGGCGAAGUUGGGGUCACGCCAGGAAACGGCAAGGCCAAAGCCCAGCUUCUGGAUGCCACUUCACUGCACCUGGCAGUAGAGGCUUUCUACAAGCCCAACUUCAUCCUCUACAAGGACGACGUCACCAUCAAGGGCAAGGAUUACAAAAGUGAGUGCUGCGAGACCACCUUCACAGAAAAGAAAGAUAAAGAAGCAGCUGUGGAUACUCCCAGUACUGAAGAUCCACAGGCUAAGCUGCUGGAUGAAAACGAGGUGAAGAUCCAGACGGUGUCCUACGAGGUGGAGGAGGAAGAAUAUGUGGAGUAUGAGACGGACUGCUCCAGCGACAGCGAAAGUGAGGAUAACUUCAUCGUCAUCCCUCCUCGCGAUCACCUGGGACUGGCUAUCUUCUCCAUGCUCUGCUGCUUCUGGCCUCUGGGCAUCGCUGCCUUCUAUUUCUCUCAGGGGACUAGCAAAGCCGUGACAAAGGGAGACUUCCCCAUGGCCAGCAUCGCCUCCAGACGGGCCCUGUUCCUGGCCGCUCUCUCCAUCACCAUCGGGACAGGGGUUUAUGUGGGCGUCGUGGUGGCCCUCAUCGCCUAUCUCUCCAAACCGGGUCACAUAUAGCAUGAAGAACUGGAUAAGGAAAUAGAAAACCCUCUCAAAUCGCAGCAACGCCUCUGAACUUUUGGCAAAUUUCCCUCUCACACAUAUCCCUCCCCCUCCUACGACUGCCUGUCGUCCCAAAUUAGAAAGAGAGGGAUGGAGCCAGAGAGGACGUUUGGGAAAGCUGGGGCACUUUUCAUCAAAGCAGCACCUGAGUGAAUGGAAAGCUUGCACAGAUGUGGCUUGGCCUCAUGUCACACCACAGCAGUCACAGCUCCUUUGGGAAUCUGAACUUUGUGUGGUUGCUGAAGAAUGAGAGCAUUUCAGGCGAACAGAAAAUAAACUUGAGGGAGAAACAAGGCAUCCAAUUAAGAAAAUCCAGAGGGAGACCAUUCCAAAGGACACCACGUAAGGAUCAAAAGAGAACCCCAGUGCCCUCGGAUUUGUUUUCUCCCUCUUCAGUUGAGCUCCAUUAUGAACCCGAAGAGAUGUAAAGCAACGGUCU